CGGAAGAGCUUACUAAGACCUUGGCGAGAAAAACAUCCUAAAACCAAACUAAAAGUAUCAUCAGAGAAUCAUAGGUGUCUGGCAGUCCUUUCCUCCAGCGACAAACAGCUAACAUCAUAACUUCAACCUGAGCAGGUGAACCAGAAUGGAAACUGCUCAGGAGCGAAAACCAAAGAGACCACACUACAUUCCCAGACCACCAGGAAAACCAUUCAAAUACCAAUGUUUCCAAUGUCCUUUCACCUGCAAUGAGAAGUCCCAUCUAUUCAACCAUAUGAAAUAUAACCUCUGUAAAAACUCCAUCUCCCUCGUAUCGCAGAAGAAUGGGACAGCAUCAAGACAGAUCAAAACUACAGUCAAAGCUCUUGGGCCCAAAACUAAGGACAGUCCUAUCCCCUCCCCAGCACUUCAAAAUGUUGAUAAAAACAUGAAUGGGGAGAACAAAACAGAAGAGGAUAAGAGUAAGGAGGACACGGAGGAGGUAGACGUGGUAUGUAAUAGUCCAGACAACAAGGAGAGAGAGAGUUUGACCAGUCCAGUUGUUGAUUCAGACAACACAGAAAAUAAUGAGCCAAUGUCUCUGCCACGCCCAUCCGCCUUCUCCCCAGUAACACCAACAGGAACUGAGAAACCUUCAGCAGUGAAGCUAGAAGAUCCAAAGACAAGCACUUUACACCAGCCUGGCUUUCCAUGGGGUACUAUGACGACACCACCCGUCCCUUUAAAACCCUACCCCCCUCCAAUGGUGCCUGAAUACCCCCCAUAUAUCCUAACAGACCAAGGCCUCUAUCCGCCAUACUACCUCACUGCAAACCACCACAGAAGUGAUCCAAACUCCAACUCUUUCAGGCCUGAGUUCCUGGACCCACAAAGGCCAGUUGUACCUCAACCUGUUACCCCAACUUACCCUCCCCUCUUCCCCCCAUACUCUUACCGAUACUGCCCCUCUCUCCACCCCACUCCUCCUCUUCACUACAGCCUCUAUAGACCACAUGAACUUGCCAUGCCAAUAACGGGACCAAGAUAUCUUCCUCUUGACAUGUAUAGCCCAAGCCUUGGGUCAAAAGACUAUGAGUUUUACUUACAAAGUCGAGCCAGUCAUAGCACAGGCCCGGUAGAGGAGAACAACCAAGGGCCAAACAACGAUAAAGCAACUAGACUGAGUCCUAAAGAGGGUUGUUCAGCCUCGGGGUCCCCUGAUAGACCAUGCAACUCAAACAAUGUCCAAACAGAUUCAGAGGGACCACAGUACACACCUCCUCUCUCACAACCCAGCUGCCCUGACUCAAGAGAAGAAAGCUCUGCUGAGAUUUUAAUGCAACUCAGAAGACAGCAUGUGGACCCAGGAUCAGCUGAUAAACAGCGUUCAGUGGUUACUGAUAACAGAGAAGAGGUAGCACCACUCAACCUCUCAACAAGAAGCCAUGACAAGGAAGAUAGUUCUCCACUCAGACAUGGCAGUGACAGUUUAGGCAGAGAAGAAUUGCCUCUCAAUCUGAGUAUCCGACCAUCUCAUAUCAAUCCCUCAGUUUGGAGCACAACUGAAACCCCUCAGUGGGAGCUGGGUGUGGAGAUGGAUGAAGAGGAAGUUUGUGACCAAAGGCAGACAGCAGCACUAGCACUCUGUCAACUGGCCAGUGCUAGCUCUGCAACCUCUUAUGAUCUUAACAGAGGUGUCACAGAACUGGAAGAAUCCUCAAGUACACUUCAAGAGAGAACAAAAAGUACAACAGAGACUGAGGCAAAGAUAGUGAAACGGAAAAACAAAGACAAAUAUGAAAAUGACAACCACAAGCCAACAAAGAGGGCAAAGACCACAGGACGGGCUGUGAGAAGGAGGCCUCGCUGCUGCUAACAGAUCAACUAUUGUAGAAAUAUAGGACUGAUGCCAAAGGACAAAAAUGUCUUACCCUGAACACUACAAGCCUCCACAUGAAAAUGUUAUUUGACAAUGUCAGGGUUAAAGCACUGAAAUUAAAUUAU